CUGUUCCUUUAAGAGUUGGCCUACGUGGCAGACGCAGGAGACAGCAGCGGCUUUAGCAGCAGUAGAGAGGCACUUCCUGUGGAGGAGCUUGCAGCAGCAGCAGCAGCAGCACCGGCGGAGGCAGGGGUGUGCGAGCCCAGGCAGCAGGCAGACACCCAGCCUGGAGGAAUUCCCCACUGCAGCACCCACCCAGCAGCUGAGACCAUGGGCCAGAAUGACCUAAUGAGCACGGCUGAGGACUUUGCAGACCAGUUCCUGAGAGUGACGAAGCAGUACCUUCCCCACGUGGCCCGCCUGUGCCUGAUCAGCACCUUCCUGGAGGAUGGCAUCCGCAUGUGGUUCCAGUGGAGCGAGCAGAGGGAUUACAUUGAUGCCACGUGGAACUGUGGCUAUUUCCUGGCCUCCAUCUUUGUGUUCCUAAAUCUCUCCGGACAGCUGAGCGGCUGUAUCCUGGUGCUGAGUAGGAACUUUGUGCAGUAUGCCUGCUUCGGCUUGUUCGGAAUUAUAGCAUUACAGACCAUUGCUUACAGCAUUCUGUGGGAUCUGAAGUUCUUGAUGAGGAACCUGGCCCUUGGGGGAGGCUUGCUGCUGCUUUUGGCUGAGUCACGGUCAGAAGGGAAAAGCAUGUUUGCCGGUGUCCCCACCAUGCGGGAAAGCUCCCCCAAACAGUACAUGCAGCUGGGUGGACGUGUGCUGCUGGUCCUCAUGUUCAUGACACUGCUACAUUUUGAUGUUAGCUUCUUUUCUAUUCUCCAGAACAUCGUGGGCACAGCCCUGAUUAUCUUAGUGGCGAUUGGCUUUAAGACCAAGCUGGCUGCCUUGACUCUGGUCAUCUGGCUGUUUGCCAUCAACAUCUACUUUAAUGCCUUCUGGACCAUCCCGGCCUACAAGCCCAUGCAUGACUUCCUCAAGUACGACUUCUUCCAGACCAUGUCUGUCAUUGGAGGGCUUCUCCUGGUGGUAGCGCUGGGUCCUGGCGGCGUCUCCAUGGAUGAGAAGAAAAAAGAGUGGUAACAGGAGCAGUGUAGCUUCUCAGGACACAACAGCUUAGGUCCAGGACUGUUUCUCUACGGAUUCAACAAAAACUGCCAGCAUUUUAUGUGUACCUGCCCCUCCCAUACCUUCCCCUGUUAAAGGCACAGAUGUCUUGAGAAUUUAAUUUACAGUGGCACCAGUAAUCUGAUAAUAGAUGAUAAAUCCUACUUCGAGGAACAUUGCUUAGGUUUUUAUUUUUGUUGUUGUUUUUAACUUCCUAGAAUUGGAACUAACCCAAGGAAUCCACAUUUCAUUGAGUACUUCAGUAAUGGCUUUUAAAUUUAAAGUACAGUGAGCAGAUACACAGCAGUAUCAUUCAGUGUGCUGUUUGGUUAUUUUUUCUGUUUAACUCUUACAAGUGAAUUCCCCAUUCCCUUCAGAGAACUAAAAAUCCUCUGUGUAUAUAAAACCCAGCUGCUGGUUGGAGCAUUGUUUGUACAAUUGGAGAGUUACGCUAAGUGAAGACAUUGGUUUUAAAAAAUUACAGUGUUAUGUACCCAGGUCUGAGCAAGGGGAAGGUCCUUUCCACACCCCAAGACAGAGAGAGAGGGGCAAAGAGAAUGGCAGAAGCAGCUGCAUCCUUCUCUAGGUGAGGAAAGAGAGGGUUUUAUUUUCUGUAAUGAAAAUGGAAUGUCUCAUUUCUUUUCCUGAGCAGAACCAGGGGGUGGUGGUGAUAUAUUGGUGGAAAGAUUUCAGUAAGAUGUUGGGGGUGGGUUAGUGGGAAGGGUCUCAAGACAGACUUCAUUUUAAAAUGUAGUGUGCCAAAAUCAAUCCUUUUCAGCAUUUUCCACCCACCAACAAAGGGAAGCAAGCCAGAAAGUGAUUCCCAGAGACAGCUCCUUUCAGCAACCAAUCAGCAUUUAUCUAAAUGUGGCUCCAGGUUCUUUCAAUCUGAGCAGUAACUGGUGGAACUAAUAUUUGUGGAGCUGUGAAAGACCCUGUUCCUGGCACUGAAAGGCAGAAGCUCAAAUGCUGAGCAUUUCAUAAUGCAUGCAGGGUUCACAUCACCUCACCAGUGGGUUCAGAGCAGUGUCUGAUCUUCCAGCCCAGAGCACCCUUUGCUUUCUUGAUCCAUUUCUGCCAGUCUCUCUUGUAGAUGCAAAAUCUUUUCCCCGCACUGAGCAACAGCAGGUACAGAACUCUCAAGGGAAAGCACCUGCUCUGGCAUCCCAAUACCCACACUCAUGGGCUGGGGGAGAGAAUGCUUUCCUGAGCCAGUGCCAUUGUUCCUGUAUUAGACAGCAUACAAAAAUCAGUUGUGUGAUGCCUUACUGCACUGAAUCUCAGUCCUGUCUCUCAAAGGGCAUCUGCCUCAUUUUUGACAGUAGUAGCUAAGACUUCUAGUGAGUGGAAUAUACUCGGCAGUGUCUUAACAGCUGGGGGAGGUAACUUUUAUGCAUUCUUACCCCCUGCUGUGCAUUUCACUGAGAGGAAAUGAUUCUUUAGUUUAAGUAGGCUGAAGGGAAACAGGUCCCGACUUUGCCCCAUCAGUGUAACCUCUUUCACCUCACAUCCAUCCCUGCUGGGAAGGGGCAUUUCACCCUCUGCUAGUGGACUAAAUUGACGUUUUUGGUUUUUUUGUUGAUCUUACUGACUUGGAUUCUGAGACACUCACCUUGUGACCUUAACUAGCAGCUCAGCAGGCUAACUGCCCUGGUUUCCUGCAUCAAUGGCUCCUUUCAGCGUAGCUGCUUACAUCUCCACUUCGAAGAGCAGCCCAGCUCAGCAUCUCCAGCAGGCAGCCAGCUCCUGGGCUUCCCUCCCCAAGGAAUGCUGCUAAGCCCAUUGACCUGGACAGUGCAACUUAACAGUCUUGCCUUUACCCUGGAAAACAUGAUUCUCAGCAGCUGGUGCUAUAGAAACACCUCCAAGAAUGUUCAGCCAUUUACAUCAGUGUAAGGGAGAAUGGCCUCUGCAGUGAGAGCACUAGCACUGGAGAUAUUUCUUAAAUUCAUUUUAAAUCAUUUAAUAGUUACUCUGUGGCCUCCCCUGCCCCAAGCAGGUUUUGUAGGAGAGAGGUUUUUUUGCCUCAACUGCUCUUGCAGUGCCUGUGUCUUCAUUGUGCAGGAAACUAGACCUUUCAGCUUCCUCCUGACUUUCAAUACAUAAAGGAUAUGAGCGACUAGCACACUGCAGUUACUACGGGCAACUGUUUAGAAUACCCACACGCCCCUUAGCUGCAGCAAUAUUCUCUUCCAAACAUUCUAGCUGCUGUGGACAAUUCAAGUAUUUAUAAGUUAAUAGGUAGAAACAGGUCUUGUAACUACCCCUUAAUUAGCUUCCUUAUAGCUGAUCCCGUCAUUCUGCCCAGCUAGGGAGCUUGAUCACUUUGGAUGAGGGAUUAUUUAAUAUUCCAGACACUGAUACAUGAAAUUCCUCUCUCCUGGAGAGGCUGCCUGCAGCCCCAUAGGAAGUUCAGGCAUCACAAAAUGGAUGUUCCCCUUUAGGAAAGGUAAACGUCACUAGCCUUUGCAGCAGGGCUCUUGCAAGUAUAGUACAUCAUCAGCAUUAAGGAGAGGGCUUGUUUUUUAAAUACACUGCUCUCCUCCCAACAGCACGCUACCCAAACUGUGACUUUUUAGCCAAUGUGUCCUUUGCAGGAAGGCUAGCUGCAUCUCACGUGCACUGCUGUACUACAUAUCUUCCAGAACUGAUGCAGUGACUUCUCUAACGGUUGGAAUGCUCUCUUGAAGGCUGGAUGGAAUCUACCAAUUGGCUUUGCAAAGUGUUCUGAAUUUUUUUUUUUUUUUUUUUGCUUUGUGGAAAAAGAAAUAGGUAUAAAUUCUCAUUUUAUGCUGUAUUUUGUAUCUUAGUUGUGUUUUGAAAAUGUUUUGAUUUUUGGAAACCAUCAAAAUAAAACUAUGGCAUCUUUGUUGUAUCCAG